AGGAAAUUAGUACCAGCAUUUUACAUUGGUCAACAGCAAAGUAAACAUUACUGCUCAGCCCCAACACAUGCAGAUUGCCUGUACCAGGGAUCCUGUCAAAACAUACACCGUUCAUAGCUUCUUAAGUGCAGUUAUCACAGAGCACAGUCCCUGACAUCACACAGCUGCAGACAUGAAUAAACAAAGAGGAACCUUCUCAGAAGUGAGUCUGGCCCAGGAUCCAAAGAGGCAGCAAAGGAAACCUAAAGGCAAUAAAAGCUCCAUUUCAGGAACCGAACGGGAAAUAUUCCAAGGAGAAUUAAACCUUCAAAAUCCUUCUCUGAAUCAUCAAGGGAUUGAUCAAAUAUAUGACUACCAAGGUUUACUGCCACCUCCAGAGAAGCUCACUGCUGAGGUCCUGGGAAUCAUUUGCAUUGUCCUGAUGGCCAUUGUGUUAAAAACAAUAGUUCUUAUUCCUCGUAAGCUCCUGGAGCAGAACAAUUCUUCCCUGAAUAUAAGAACCCAGAAAGUCCUGGAACAGAAAAAUUCUUUCCCGAAUACAAGAACCCAGAAAGCACGUCAUUGUGGCCAUUGUCCUGAGGAGUGGAUUACAUAUUCCAACAGUUGUUAUUACAUUGGCAAGGAAAGAAGAACUUGGGCAAAGAGUUUGCUGGACUGUGCUUCAAAGAACUCCAGUCUGCUUUCUAUAGAUAACGAAGAAGAAAUGAAAUUUCUGACCGCCAUUUCACCAUCCGCAUGGAUUGGUGUGUUUCGUGAGAGCAGUCAUCACCCAUGGGUGACAAUCAAUGGUCUGACUUUCAAACAUGAGAUAGAAGACUCAGAUCAUGCUGAAUGUAACUGUGCAAUGCUACAUCUAGAUAGACUUAAAUCAUUCCACUGUGGAUCUUCAAAAAGAUAUUAUUGUUUACUGCCACCUCCAGAGAAGCUCACUGCUGAGGUCCUGGGAAUCAUUUGCAUUGUCCUGAUGGUCACUGUGUUGAAAACAAUAGUUCUUAUUCCUUGUAAGCAUAUUAGAGUACUGGAGCAGAACAAUUUUUCCCUGAAUACAAGAAUCCAGAAAGCAAAUGAUUGUGGCCAUUGUCCUGAGGAGUGGAUUACAUAUUCCAACAGUUGUUAUUACAUUGGCAAGGAAAAAAGAAGUUGGGAAGAGAGUUUGCUGACAUGUGCUUUGAAGAACUCUGAUUUGCUUUCUAUAGAGAAUGAAGAAGAAAUGAAACUAUUGGGCUCCCUGUCAGUUCUCUCAUGGGUUGGCGUCUCUCGUAGCAGCAGUGAUCAUCCAUGGAUGUCAAUAAAUGGCUCAACGUUCAAAUUGAAGAUAGCAGAAUCAGAUAUUGGUAAACAUAACUGUGUAAUGCUGCACUCAUCUGGCCUUAAAUCACACAGAUGUGGAUCUUCACAACUGUAUAAUUGUAAGCAUAAACUUUGGAAUUAAAGCAACUGAAUUUGGAGUCUGUUCAGGUGCUAUGAAUUUUUUUCUGAUAUAUUUUAACUGGUUAGGGAUUCAUUUCUGAUGUUGAAUAGGAGAAACAAAAAAACUUCUGUGUAUAUUAUAUGUGUCAUUUUCUGUUUGGAGAAAAUAUGUCAACAUUUUAUUUAUGCUUAGGAAUUUUUUAUUACACUUUUCUCAUAUUAAAACAGCUUUAUAUUCCUGUUUUUCUAAUAGUUUUUAUCAAUUGAUGUCACAUUUCUAUCAUUUUUUAUCAAUUGAAAUGAUACAUCUUUUCUCUGUAUAAUGUUUAUUAAGUAAACUACCUUCAUUUCUUUCAAAUGUUAGAAAAGUAUUGUGUUUCUGAAACAAGACCCUAUUUAUCAUACUGUAUUGCCCCUUUAAAAAUAAAUCAGUGCAUAUAUUAUACUUAGAGUAAGAUUUGUUUCUUCAUCUAGGUUCAAAAGAGAUUCAACUGUGUUUUUACAAACUGUGUACAUGAGAAAUUUUGCUAUCAAAGCUAUAUUGGGAAGCACUCCUCUUUCUCUAUAACCUAGAAGCAUUUGUGUAAGGGUAGUUUUGUUUUUAAACAUUAUUAUUCACUAGUGGUUCCAUCUAAUUUAUAAAUUAUGUUUUGUAGGAAAGUUUGUAUAACAAACUCAAUUUCUUUAAUAUGUAGAGUUUACUCUGGUUUUUGUUUCCUUUAUUGUGUUUUGGUAAUUUGUAUUUUCUAGGAAUUUUUUUGUUUUGUAGGAUAUUAAAUGUAUUCCUGAUAGAGUUUAAUGUCUGGUAUCUGUAAAAACGACAACGGUUUCCCCAUGUUUAAUCUAGAAAUAAAAUGUUGGUGUUUUCUCAAACUC